AUGGGUGAUAAAGAAGAUGUCGAUACUCGUUUAGAGUUUAUGAGUGAAUACAUUUUAAGGUCUCUGAAACAAAAAAUAGAAAAAUGGACAAAAUUUAUAACGGGAGAUGAAAGGCACAUCCUAUUUAAGUUCUUUGAGAUGCCGAAGUUUGAUAUAAUCGUAUUUCGUAUAAAUACAGCCGGCUUAUUGACUUGCGCUACGAGCUUUCCACCUAUAAGCAGAGGAAAAAUGGUUUACUUUUUACGAAAUGUAGACGACAAAAUAACGCAGACGAACUUCCGGAAGGCUCUUACAAUAGGCGAAAUAUCUGGCAAUGUCUUAAUGGAUUUGAGCGUGAUGGCCGACGAAGUGAUCGGUCCUCUGCUCUGUAAUCCUGAAAACCAAAAAGGAUGGCCUAAGAUAGUGCAGAAUGACAUGAAAAGACACGUCAACGAACUGAGGAAUUUGAUGCAUCAACUUAAAGGAGAAAUGUCUAGCCAAAUAAUGCUUCCGAUGCCCGAAGGUGUCGAAAAUAUAUACCAUGCAGAAGCUAGAUUAAAGGAAAGUGAUUCAGAAGAUGUCGACUUAUAUUUGAAGACUAACAUUGAAGGAGCCAUCAUUAAAUGGGCGCAGCAAAUUUACGAUUUGUUGCAAGAAGAUUCUUAUAUUGCGUUUAAGAGAACAAAGUUCCCUCUACCAAUAUCAGAUAUAGAGUUCUAUACGCAUAGACUUCGCAACUUGGAAGGCAUAUACUCGCAACUGCGAGACCCUCGUGUUAAACGAAUGGCACACUAUUUGGAGUCCACUCGCAGCGUGUACCUUGCUUGUUUCAAAUCAAUGCUCACUAAUGUAGUAGCCGCCAUAAUAGAAUGCAGAGACAUUUAUGUUUAUCAGAAGCCUUUGAUACAACAUUUUGAAACUUUUGAAGGGAGUGAUUUUUUUGAUGCAAAAGCUCUAAUACGGCCAAUGUUUCACUGUAUUGGGUUGCUUUGGGGAAAUUCACGAUAUUAUUGUAACGUCGAAAAGUUAAUACCACUGUUACGUGAAGUAUGCAAUCUAGUAAUCCAACAAUGUACGAAUUCAGUAGACCCCAUGUCAAUAUUCCAAGGGGAUGCGGACGAACAGUUGAUAAAAUUGAGAAAGGCAAUGGGUGUUCUUAACCAUUUUAUUGAUACCUAUGAAAUGAACCGUGAUAAAGUUCAUACAUUCUUUCCACCGGGCGUUAUGCCCGUGCGAUGGUCCUUCGAUUUCGAUCGUGUCUUCAUGCGCUUUAACACCUUCAUGAAGAGACUAAAGAUGAUCGAUAAUAUUGUAGAGGCUACGGUCGAAAUACUUAAAUUGGAGAAAGUAGAGUUUUCAGGCCUCAGAGGCAAGAUAUUAAGUACGGAGUGUAUAAAGGUAUUGGAAGAAUACACUUUGAUUUAUCAAAAUCUUGGCAAUAUUACCUACGAUCCUGCGGAUCCUGAAGAUACGAGAUUCUUAUCGGAUUAUGAUAAACAUAUGGCGGUAUUAGAGGACGUUGAUAGAAGACUCGCUUCAUUAUUCUCGCAGGGUUUGGACGAAUGCCAUGAUUUGGAACAUUUCUUUAAGUUUUUCCAAAUUAUAGGAGACCUGUACCAUCGGCCUAUUAUUAAAAAUGAAUUAAAACCGAAAGUGGCUAAGUUACUAGAUUUUAUGCAUUCAAACCUUGAUGCAGUUAAAGAAAUAUUUGAUGAAGAAAUGGCGAAAUUGAAUCCUAAAGGUGUAGAGAGACCCAUGGUAGAUCCUUAUUUGCCUCCGGUGGGUGGAAUAAUGUGGUGGAUUCAUAAGUUACGGCGAAGAAUACAAAUGCCAAUGGAAGAUUUUAUUUUAUUUGAAGAUCCAAUCACUGACUCAGAAAACGCCUUAUAUAUGAAACAAAAACAUAAUGAAAUGCUAAGUUACCUCAAUCAAUUAGAAGACCGGCAGUUUAAGCAGUGGUGUACAACUGUACCUAAUAUUUGUAAAAUGCACCUCGCCAAAAACCUCAUAUAUCGCGAUCCUCCAUUUGUUAGAAAUAAUUUUAGCUCCGAGUUGGUGAUGCUGCUGAGAGAGAUUCGGUAUAUGAAAUAUUUGGAAAAACAAGGAAUUCCGCAGGAUGGAUUAGAUUUAUACGCAAGGAAUGAAAAGUUGCAGUAUGAUAUGAAUCGUCUCAACCGUGCCAUUUCGUGGUACAAUGCAAUACGAGAGGGAAGCCAUGAAACAGAGGUAGCUCUGAUUGAAAAAGAAAUAUCGGCUAUCGAUCAUCUUCUUGGUAGAGGUGUAGAAGAGCUUACCUGGAAUGAUGAUUUCACAGAAUGGAUGGCAGAAGUUUAUGCAGCAAUAAAUACGCUGCAAGAAAGAGUACUGACAGCACAAAAUAAUGUGAGACGUGGUCUCUCCAAUAUAGCAGCUUGGGGUGAUACGCCGCUUCAUAACCGUAAAGACAAUCCAGAAAAGCUAGAACUUCUGGCUGUUAAUGAACGUCACCCUAGACUAGUUGUACGUCGAAACAAGAUUCUUCAAAGUCACGCCGAAUUUCUACAUAUAUUGAAAGAUAACUAUAAACUAUUUUUCAAUAUCAAAGAAGACGAAGAGUCAGAUGAUGAAGAGGAGGAAUUAGAAGAAGUAGAUGAGUCGACUAUGGAUGAAGACGAACGGCUUGCUCGGGCUCAAAAACUACAAGCAAUUAUGGAGCAACGGGAGGCUAAACGUAUUGCGAGGGAGGAGAGGGAGAGAGAAAGGGCAGAAAUAGCUCAGGCUAAAUUCGAGCGAAGGGAGGCACGACGUCUUAAAAGAGAAGCUAAAGAAGCCGAAAAACAGGAGAGACAGGCACGUCGUGAUGAGGGUGAAGAAGUUGAAUCUCCAGCUGAGGAAGAAGAGGAAGAACUAGAUCCAGAAGAACUAGCUGAUAUUGAAGAAGAACGUCGAGAAAUGGAGGAAGAAGCAUUUCGUGUUGCACGGUGGCCUGCUUAUGUGCAGUAUGUGGACAGUCUUGUAUCAAAUCAUGUGAUGAAAGCGAUUCAGUCAAGCCUCGAUUUAUUUGAAAAGCAGACCGAUUUGGAGAAGGGUCCAAGAGUAGCUUUUUUGGAGGUACUUGCGGAGUUGAGAGACCCAGACAUUUAUUUCUCACCAUCUUUGGAUCUCGAUGAUUCGGGUGGUUUGUACGAUACACUUCGAGAAAUGAUGAAGGACAUGUUUCUUCAAGCAACUAUGUUUCCGCGCAUUGAUCCUAUCGUACCGAUCCCUACUUAUGAAGAUGAUAUUAAAAAUGAAGAUGCCAUGAUUGAUCUUUAUCAUGAUAUUUUGAAACGGGUUGAAAACAGUAUUAAUGAUGUUGUACAGUAUGCUUCCAAAUAUGAGAAAUAUGCUCCACUGUGGUUAGAAGAUAGACAAGAGGUGCUAGCUGGGUUUCUAAAAUAUGGUCGCGUAAUUCCUCCAGAGGAGUUCGACAAGUAUCGUUACGACAACGGCUGCGAUCCCCCUGAAGCUAAGCCUAAGCUGGAACAGUAUCAGAAAGAAAUUGACAAGUUCAACUCGCUGUAUGCUGAACUGUCAUUAUUGCCGUCAGACUAUUUAUGUAACGGAUGGUUGAAGUUGGACUUAAAAAGAUUAAACCAAGCGAUCAUGAAUAUUAUUUGCAAAUGGAGUAAUCUUUACAAGCAAAAUCUGAAGGAUCAUGUACAAACGAGCCUCAACGACCUUGAGAAAUUCAUUGUAUAUGCUUCUAAAGAAUUAUCUGUGGUACUGGAGGAAGAUGACUACGAAGGCUUGUUGAAAGUAAUGGGUGUUCUCAAUGAAGUAAAGGCCAAGAUAGAUGCCGGUACUGAAUUGAUGUUCGAGCCACUCAGAGAUAUAAUAUACGUGCUUAAGGAAUACGGCGUUGAAUUUCCUGAAGAGACGUAUGAGCAGUUGGAUGUGCUACCGGAAAGGUGGCGUAACCUCGUGAAAUUAGCAACAGUGAUGAAGAAUGAAGUGGCACCGAUGCAGGCGGCGCAGGCAGCAUUGAUUGCUAAGCGAGUUGCCCUCAUUAACCUGCGCAUAGCCAUGUACCGGGACCAGUUUCAACAUAAAGAGAUAUUCCUCGAAAGUUGUAAAGAACCAUAUAGACAAAUAGACAAAGUUAACCAAGAACUUGAGCAGUUUGAGGAAAUUGUAAAAGGUUUGAAAAAAUCUUGUGGACUGUUCGAUAUACAACCGCCAGACGAGAAGAAUCUAAAACAAUGCCGGCGAGAGCUGAAGCUGGCUAAGCAACUCUGGGAUUAUUAUAAUUUGGUGAUGGGUACGAUUGAAUUCUGGAAGAAGUCUCCAUGGAAGAAGAUAGAUGCUGAUGGAAUGGAUCAAGAAUGCAAACGCUUCACCAAAGACUUGCGACAGCUAGACAAAGAUAUGAGAGUAUGGGAACCUUAUAUUUCAAUAGAAGGAACAAUAAAGAAUUUGAUGACAUCGCUAAGAGCAGUUACUGAUCUUCAAAACCCAGCCAUCAAAGAUAGACAUUGGGUUGAGUUAAUGAUGGCCACAAAGGUAAAAUUCCAUAUCGAUGAUGAUACAACGCUAGCAGACUUAUUAGCUUUAAAUCUUCACAAAUAUGAGGAAGAGGUAAAGACAAUAGUCGAUAAGUCCGUUAAGGAAGCUGCAAUGGAAAAAACUCUCAAGGAACUAGAAGUGACUUGGGCUAUCAUGGAAUUUGAAUAUUCAGUCCAUGAUAGAACUGGUGCUAAGUUGCCAAAGGCAAGCGAAGAAUUGGUGGAGACGCUGGAGGACAAUCAGAAUCAAGUACAAACUAUGAUGUCGUCAAAGUUUAUCGGAUUUUAUGAAACGGAAGUGACGGCAUGGCAGAAGAAACUAGGAACAGCUGACGCUGUUAUUGCUCUAUGGUUCGAAGUACAGCGCAAGUGGCAGUACCUCGAGAGUAUUUUCGUAGGUUCUGAUGAUAUACGCGCUCAAUUACCAGAGGAUUCUAAGAGAUUUGAUAUGAUUGAUAAAACGUUUAAGGAGCUACUGAAAGAUGUAGCUGCGACACCAAACGUAGUUCAAGCUACGAAUAAACCUGGACUUUUGGACAAGUUGGAAGAGCUAAUGGCAGCAUUAAAUCUUUGUGAAAAAGCUCUUAAUGAUUACUUGGAAACGAAGCGUUUGGCCUAUCCUCGCUUUUAUUUCGUAUCUUCAGCAGAUUUGCUUGACAUAUUAUCCAACGGGAAUAAUCCUCCUGCAGUCUGUCGCCAUCUUUCAAAGUUGUAUGAUAAUUUAGCAAAAUUGGUGUUUACAAAGCCAGGCAGCAAGCAAGCGUUUGAAAUGAUCUCAAAAGAAAACGAAGAACAUGUACCGUUUAAAGCUCCAUGUUGUGAUUGUUCUGGCAAGGUUGAAUUGUGGCUUAACCGUGUAACGGAAUGCAUGCGUUACACAUUACGGGAUAUUUUUGAACAUAGUGUAAAAUCAUAUGAGGACAAACCACGUGAUGAAUGGGUGUUUGACUGGCCGGCACAACCUGCACUGGUUGGCACCCAGAUUUGGUGGACCACGGAAACCAACCAAGCAUUUGAAAAACUUGAAGAAGGCUAUGAAAAUGCUCUCAAAGACUAUCAGAAGAAGCAAAUAGCACAAUUAAAUGCAUUGAUAGUUUUGCUAUUGGGAGACUUAACAGUCGGAGAUCGACAGAAAAUUAUGACUAUUUGUACUAUUGACGUACAUUCAAGAGAUGUGGUAGCCAAACUUAUAGUUGCUAAAGUUGAGACUUCCACCGCUUUUCAGUGGCAGAGUCAACUAAGGCAUCGAUGGGAUAUAAAGUUAAGCAAUUGUUUCGCUAAUAUUUGCGAUGCACAGUUUCUCUAUGAUUAUGAGUAUUUGGGCAACACGCCUAGACUUGUAAUUACUCCUUUGACAGAUCGCUGUUAUAUAACAUUAACUCAGAGUCUUCAUCUGAUUAUGGGUGGAGCACCAGCGGGGCCAGCAGGAACUGGUAAAACUGAAACAACAAAAGAUUUAGGUAGAGCUCUAGGUAUAAUGGUAUAUGUAUUUAACUGUUCCGAACAAAUGGAUUACAAAUCUUGUGGCAAUAUUUAUAAAGGAUUGGCUCAAACUGGUGCUUGGGGGUGUUUUGAUGAGUUCAAUAGAAUAUCUGUUGAAGUGUUAUCAGUAGUAUCUGUACAAGUAAAGAGUGUUCUUGAUGCAAUUAAAGCGAAGAAAAAGAAGUUUGAUUUUAUGGGCGAAAUUAUUGCGCUUAUUCCCACAAUAGGAAUGUUUAUCACUAUGAAUCCAGGAUAUGCAGGAAGGACAGAAUUACCAGAAAAUCUAAAGGCUCUGUUUAGACCUUGCGCUAUGGUAGUACCUGACUUUGAACUGAUUUGCGAGAUCAUGUUAGUGGCGGAGGGUUUCCAAGACGCUCGUUUACUGGCACGCAAGUUCAUCACGCUUUACAUGCUAUGUAGGGAGCUGUUAUCGAAGCAAGACCAUUACGAUUGGGGUUUGAGAGCCAUCAAGUCCGUGCUAGUGGUCGCUGGAUCUUUAAAAAGAGGUGAUCGACUGAGGCCAGAAGAUCAAGUCUUGAUGAGAGCUCUACGAGAUUUCAACAUACCUAAAAUUGUUACGGAUGAUAUGCCAGUGUUUAUGGGGCUUAUUGGUGAUUUGUUUCCUGCUCUCGAUGUGCCAAGAAAAAGAGAUUUGGAUUUUGAAAAGAAACUUUACGAUGGUGCUGUGUCAAUGAAACUUCAACCGGAAGCUGGGUUUAUUUUAAAGAUGGUACAACUAGUAGAACUUUUCGCCGUGCGACAUUCAGUAUUCAUAAAUGGAUUUGCGGGGACAGGCAAGUCGAUGGUAUGGCAGUGCCUUCAUAGAACUUACCAAAUGUUAAAAAUGAAGCCAUACUACAACGACCUUGACCCAAAAGCAGUUACUAACGAUGAGUUAUUCGGUAUUAUAAAUCCAGCAACGAGGGAAUGGAAAGAUGGUUUAUUUUCUACAAUAAUGAGGGACAUGGCUAAUAUGCCAGGUGAUGGACCAAAAUGGAUUGUACUUGAUGGAGAUAUUGAUCCUAUGUGGAUCGAGAGCUUAAACACUUUGAUGGAUGAUAAUAAGGUAUUAACGUUAGCAAGUAACGAACGAAUAGCUCUUACGAAAUCAAUGAGGUUAUUAUUUGAAAUUGCCACAUUGAGAACAGCUACUCCUGCCACUGUAUCUCGCGCAGGCAUUUUGUAUAUAAAUCCACAAGACUUGGGAUGGAACCCAUUUGUGGCCUCAUGGAUUGAAACUACACGAGAUGAUGAAUCUGAAAAAGCAAUGCUAACAGUAAUGUUUGACAAGUACAUUCCAUCUCUAUUAGAGUCAUGUAAGAAGUACAAGCGUAUAACUCCUCUCAGCGAGCUUCAGCAGAUUCAGUUGACCUGUUAUCUGUUAGAGUGUUUCCUCAAUAAAAGCCUUUUACCAACUGACUGUCCCAAGGAAUGGUACGAAACUUAUUUUGUGUUUUGUAUUGUUUGGGGCUUUGGCUCUGGUCUUUUUCAAGAUCAGCUUGUGGAUUGGCGAAAUGAGUUCAGCAAAUGGUUUUGCAACGAGUUUAAACAAAUUAAGUUUCCCUCGACGGGCAAUGUAUUUGGUUUCUUUAUUGACCCCGAGACGAAGAAGUUUUUACCUUGGGCAGAAAAAGUUGAAUCAUUUGAAUUGGAUCCCGAUAUACCGCUCCAAUCAUGCUUGGUUUCAACGUCUGAAACAACUCGCAUAAGGUUUUUUAUGGAUCUUUUGAUUGCGAAGCAAAAACCAGUGAUGUUGGUGGGUAGUGCCGGAAGCGGCAAGACUGUAAGUGUAGCGGCGAAGUUAAAUUCACUUUCCGAAAACUUUGCAAUCACUAACGUUCCACUUAAUUUCUAUACUACAUCAGAAAUGAUACAAAAAGUACUCGAAAAGCCCUUGGAGAAAAAGUCAGGUCGUAAUUUUGGACCUCCUGGUAGCAAAUUUAUGAUAUACUUUGUGGAUGAUCUCAAUAUGCCAGAAGUGGACACGUACGGUACAGUACAGCCUCAUACGCUCAUUAGGCAAUUUAUGGACUAUCGUCACUGGUAUGACAGACAGAAACUAAGUCUUAAGGAUAUAUCUAAUUGCAUGUUUGUCUCGUGUAUGAACCCAACCGCUGGUUCUUUCACUAUCGAUCCACGUUUGCAGAGACAUUUCUGUACAUUUGCCGUGAGUUUUCCAGGACUGGAUGCAUGUUUCCACAUCUACAAACAGAUUCUCUCGCAACAUCUCGCUAAUCCCUUGAACAAGUUUAAUAUCAUCGUUCAGCGUUAUGCAGAACCACUAGUUAACGCGGCACUUGCUCUUCAUACGAAGCUCGCAUCAACCUUCCUGCCUACAGCUAUAAAAUUUCAUUAUAUCUUCAAUCUUAGGGAUCUUUCCAAUAUUUUCCAGGGUAUACUAUUUACAACAGGUGAUGCCGUAAAAGCACAAUCAGAAUUGAUCAGGCUGUGGAUGCACGAAGCAACUCGUGUAUAUUCAGACAAGUUGGUAGAUUCUUUCGACAAUGAAAAUUUCAACAAACUCAUUACAGAUGUUAUAAAGAAAAAUUGUGAGGAUUUCGACGAAAAUGUCGUGUUCGAGAAGCCUUUAAUCUAUUGCCACUUUGCGGAGGGUAUUGGGGAUCCUAAAUAUUUUCCCAUCCGAGAUUGGGCACAAAUAAAACGUUUACUUGACGAGUCUCUCUCGUCUUAUAAUGACCUCGUUGCCACGAUGAAUCUAGUACUUUUUGAAGAUGCUAUGUUUCAUAUCUGCAGAAUAAACCGAAUAUUAGAAGCUCCCCGAGGAAAUGCCUUAUUAGUAGGCGUUGGAGGAUCUGGGAAGCAGUCUCUGUCACGGUUGUCGGCUUUCAUAUCUUCACUAGAAGUUUUCCAAAUCCAACUUCGGAAAGGAUACAGUAUCAAUGACCUUAAAGUCGAUCUCGCCGCCUUAAACAUAAAAGCAGGCUUAAAGAACAUCGGCAAUAUGUUCUUAAUGACAGACGCACAAGUAGCUGACGAACGCUUUCUUGUCCUCAUCAAUGACUUGUUAGCUUCGGGUGAAAUCCCUGAGCUUUUCGCUGAUGACGAGAUUGAGAACAUUAUUAAUGGUGUCAGAGGAGAGACAAAAGCGUCUGGUGUUCAAGAUACACGCGAAAAUUGUUGGAGAUUUUUCAUUAAUAGAGUGAGAACUAUGUUGAAGGUUGUGCUAUGCUUUUCCCCCGUGGGUGCUACGCUCCGAAUUCGGUCGCGAAAAUUCCCUUCAAUUGUCAAUUGUACGGCUAUCAAUUGGUUCCAUGAAUGGCCCCGCGAAGCACUUCGAUCUGUGUCCAAGAGAUUCAUCUCUGAAGUAGAGGCUUUACCAGCUGACCUUGUGGAGCCGGUUGCAUGCUUUAUGUCGCAUGUGCAUCAAAGUGUAAAUCAAAUGUCAGCUGUAUAUUUCCAAAAUGAGCGUCGAUAUAAUUAUACAACGCCAAAAACUUUCUUAGAACAGAUUUCAUUAUACGGUAAAUUGUUAACCGAGAAGACUAACAACUUAAAAAUGAUGAUAUUCAGACUUGAAAAUGGCUUAGAAAAGUUAGCAUCGUGUGCUGCUGACGUAGCUAUUUUAAAGGUUACUCUUGCGGAACAAGAGCAAAUACUAAAAGUGAAAAACAGAGCUGCAGAAGAACUCAUUGAAGUAGUUGGUGCUGAAAGUGAUAAAGUAUCAAAAGAAAAAGCAUUUGCUGCGGAAGAGGAAAAGAAAGUUAAGGUUAUUGAAGAGGACGUAACAAUAAAGGCGAAAAUUUGUGCUGAUGAUUUGGCUAAAGCAGAACCAGCGUUGAUUGCCGCCCAAGAGGCGUUAAACACUCUUAACAAGAAUAAUCUAACUGAAUUGAAGUCAUUUGGGUCUCCACCAGAUGCCGUCGUAAAUGUUACAGCAGCCGUACUUGUACUUUUUUCUAAGAAGGGUAAGAUACCCAAAGAUAGGUCUUGGAAAGCAUGCAAGCUAAUGAUGGCCAAAGUAGAUCAAUUUUUAUAUGACCUGGUAUAUUAUGAUAAAGAAAAUAUUCACCCUGAUGUUGUUAAGGCUGUAUUACCAUACAUAAAAAAUCCGGAAUUUAAUGCAGAAUUUAUAAUGUCGAAAUCAGCAGCCGCAGCUGGUCUUUGUGCGUGGGUAAUAAACAUCGUCAAAUUUUACGACGUGUACGUUGUUGUUGAGCCAAAAAGACGUGCUCUCAAUGCAGCCAAUGCAGAGUUGCAAGCGGCGAGGGAUAAGCUCGCUUUUCUUACCGACCAGAUUAAGGAAUUGGAAGAAAAAUUAGAAGAAUUAUUAAAAGCAUUUCAAGAAGCGGUUAAUGAAAAAAUGAAGUGUCAAGCAGAAGCUGAUGCCACAAAUGCUACUAUAGAUUUAGCUAACAGAUUGGUAAAUGGAUUAGCUUCAGAGAAAGUAAGAUGGUCAGCAACUGUAGUGGAUCUAAAGGAAUCCGGAGUAAUGCUGCCGGGAGAUGUACUAGUUGUAACAGCAUUCAUAUCUUAUGUGGGCUGUUUUACUCGCCGAUAUCGCUUGUUACUCAUCGACGAGGACUGGAUACCUACGCUUGCGAAAACGGAUCCUAAAAUUCAGACAACUGAAGAUCUAGAGCCGUUAUCAAUGCUGACAGACGACGCUCAAGUUGCGACUUGGAAUAACGAGGGUCUUCCAACUGAUACGAUGAGUACUGAGAAUGCCACUAUACUUACGAAUUCCGCUCGAUGGCCGCUUAUGAUUGAUCCUCAGCUGCAAGGUAUCAAAUGGAUUAAGUCUCGCUACGGCGACGCUCUCGUUGUGAUUCGCUUAACCCAACGUAACUACCUCGAUCGUAUCGAACGCGCUGUAAGCAACGGCGAUGUAGUACUGCUCGAGAACAUCGGCGAAAGUGUCGAUGCCGUGCUCGAACCUUUACUUGGACGAGUGCUCAUUCGCAAAGGAAAAGUACUAAAGAUCGGUGAUAGAGAAAUUGAUUAUCAUCCAAAUUUUCGUCUUAUAAUACAAACAAAGUUGGCAAAUCCUCAUUAUCAACCUGAAAUGCAAGCACAAUGUACUCUUAUAAAUUUCACUGUAACAAGAGAUGGACUUGAAGAACAGUUAUUAGGAGAAGUAGUGAAAGCUGAAAGACCAGAUUUAGAAACACUAAGAGCGGGACUCACGAAACAACAAAAUGAUUUCAAGAUUACUUUGAAGAGUCUUGAAGACGACUUAUUAAAACGCUUAUCAUCAGCAGGCCCGGAUAUACUUAGUGAUUCGGCUUUGGUCAUAAACCUAGAAACAACUAAAAAGACAGCUGCAGAUAUUGAAGUAAAAGUCGAAGAAGGAAAAGUAACUGCUGUAAAGAUUGAUGAAGCUCGCGAAAGAUAUAGACGAGCUGCUACUCGAGCAUCAAUCUUAUACUUCAUACUGAAUGAUUUGUACAAAAUAAAUCCGAUGUAUCAAUUCUCACUCAAGGCGUAUAGUGUGGUGUUUAAAGAUGCACUCAAUAAAGCUGAGCCCUCUGAUGAGUUGGAAGUUCGAGUUGCUAACUUAUUAGACAGCAUCACCUUUGCUGUAUUCGUUUACACCAGCCGUGGUUUGUUUGAAAAGGAUAAAUUGGUCUUCCUGUUCCUUGUCACUUUGCAGAUUCUACAAACUGAUGGAAAAGUCGAUCCAAGGGAACUAGACUUUUUACUUAAGUACGCAGUUGCACCGGCAAAUUCACCGUACUCUUGGUUGUCUAAUAAUUCCUGGGGAGGAAUUAUAGCUUUAUCUAAAAUGGAUGCCUUCGAAAAUUUAGAUAAGGAUAUUGAAGGAGCUACAAAGAGAUGGCAAAAGUAUACGGAUGGUGAAGCUCCAGAGAGAGACAAGUUGCCUGGCGAGUGGAAGAACAAGACGUCGUUACAGCGUCUAUGCAUACUACGUGCGCUUAGGCCGGACCGCAUGUCUUAUGCAUCGGGAGCUUUUUGUGAAGAAAACCUUGGGACAAAAUAUGCGGAGGCCAGAACUCCGCCGCUAGAGAAGUCUUUUGAAGAAAGCACGUCUACAACUCCUACAUUCUUUAUUCUAUCUCCGGGAGUAGAUCCUUUGAAGGACGUUGAGAAGUUAGGUCGUAAGCUAGGAUUUUCUACUGAUAAAAAGAACUUCCACAUUGUAUCUCUGGGUCAAGGCCAAGAGGUGGUUGCAGAAGAGGCCAUGGGUGUCGCCUCCGAAAAUGGCCAUUGGGUUAUUCUUCAGAACGUACAUCUCGUGGCAAAGUGGCUUUCGACACUAGAAAAGAAGAUGGAGGAGACCUUUGAAAAUCCCAUUGAAGACUACAGAUUAUUCCUAAGUGCAGAGCCAGCGGGUGAUCCUGCAUACCAUAUAAUUCCACAGGGUAUUUUAGAAUCGGCAAUUAAAAUCACUAAUGAACCUCCGAUUGGAAUGUGGGCUAAUUUGCACAAGGCUUUAGAUAACUUCAGUCAAGAGACUUUAGAAAUGUGCAGUAAGGAAGCAGAGUUCAAAGCGGUUUUGUUCGCUCUUUGCUAUUUUCAUGCUGUUGUUGCUGAACGACGUAAGUUUGGACCACAAGGAUGGAACAGAGUGUAUCCUUUCAACUUUGGCGAUUUGACAAUAUGCGUAUACGUUCUAUAUAACUACUUGGAGGCAAACCCGCGCGUGCCCUGGGAAGACUUGCGAUACCUUUUCGGAGAGAUAAUGUACGGUGGACACAUCACCGACGACUGGGACAGAAGGCUCUGUAGAACUUUCUUACUGGAGUAUAUGCAGCCAGAACUGGUCGACGGGGAGUUGACUCUGGCUCCAGGGUUCAUAUCUCCACCCAACUCAGACUAUGUGGGCUAUCAUCACUAUAUUGACGAUUUUCUUCCGGAAGAGACGCCCUAUCUAUACGGUUUACAUCCUAAUGCAGAAAUUGGUUACUUAACCACUGUUUCAGAACGACUUUUUAAGGUAGUCUUUGAAAUGCAGCCGCGAGAUGCAGGAGCUCAAGCUGGUGGCGGUGCAAGUAAAGAAGAAAUGGUGCGAUACAUAUUAGAUGAUAUUAUGGAUAGAGUACCGGAACCGUUUAACUUAGCUGAACUGAUGGGCAAAGUGGAAGAACUGACCCCGUAUACAAUAGUCGCACUGCAAGAGUGCGAGCGAAUGAAUCGGCUCAUGGGAGAGAUCAGACGGUCACUAAAAGAGUGUGAGCUGGGUCUCAAGGGCGAACUAACAAUAAGCAGUGACAUGGAGAAUUUGAUGGAGUCUUUAUUCAUGGAUCAUGUUCCCGAAUCUUGGACAAAAUUAGCCUAUCCAAGUCUGCUAGGUCUUGCUGCGUGGUUCUCUGAUCUCUGUUUGCGUCUUACAGAACUAGAAAACUGGUCUGGAGACUUUAAUCUACCACCGGCGGUAUGGCUUGCGGGUUUUUUCAAUCCUCAGUCGUUCUUAACGGCCAUAAUGCAGCAGACAGCGCGCAAGAACGAAUGGCCUCUGGACAAGAUGUGUCUUAACUGCGACGUAACUAAGAAGAACAGGGGAGAUUUUAAUGCACCUCCACGCGAGGGUGCCAAUAUCCACGGCCUAUAUAUGGAAGGUGCCCGCUGGGAUACAUCCACGGGUGGUAUCGUGGAGUCACACAUGAUGGAACUGUUCCCCAUGAUGCCUGUCAUCUACAUCAAAGCAGUGACGCAGGACAAGCAGGACACGAGGAAUGUGUACGAAUGUCCGGUUUAUAAAAUACGAAUGCGUGGUCCAACGUUCGUUUGGACGUUUAACUUAAAGACGAAGGAUAAGCCGACGCGCUGGACCCUUGCCGGUGUUGCGUUGUUGCUUGGAGUGUAACAAUUCCUCAUGGAUUUGAGUAAUUGUCAUGUUAUUAUUUAAUUUUCUUAUAUUAUGCCUUAAUAUGUUAA